CUAGUCCAGGCCCGUGUCUCCUAACUACCCGACUGUGUCCUGCUACUACCUAAUAGGCAAAUCACAUGCAAAAGCAGCUGAUCGUGCAUGCGCUAACCAGGAAAAUGUGUUAAACCUGCAGCCGCCAAGGAAGGGAAACUCCAAAGUGAGCCAGUGGGAUAUUUUAUUUGGUCAGUUGGAUUCUGUGAAGGUCAAAGGCCUUGGUAAAGACGUUGUAUAGUCGUACAGGUUUCAUUUGCCAUGGAUGAAGAAAGUCAGAGCAGCCUAGAGUGUAUCCAAGCCAACCAGAUUUUUCCACGCAAACAGCUGAUCAGGGAAGAUGAAACCCUUCAGGUUCCUUUCCAGGAGCUGCACGGGGAGAGCACAGAGUUUGUGGGCCGGGCAGAGGAUGCAGUCAUCUCUUUAUCCAGCUAUCGUUUAAACAUCAAAUAUAAAGAAUCUUCUAUCAAUGUUCCACUGCAGAUGAUUGAAUCUGUGGAGUGCCGUGAUCCUUUCCAGCUCCAUCUAACCUGCAAAGACUGUAAAGUGAUCAGGUGCCAGUUUUCCAACUUUGAGCAAGUGCAGGAAUGGCAGAAGCGCAUGAAUGCUGCUCUGCGCCCACCCAGUCGAAUUGAGGACUUCUUUUCCUUUGCAUACCAUGCAUGGUGCAUGGAGGUGUACGCAAGUGAAAAAGAACAGCAUGGAGACUUGUGUCGUCCAGGUGACCACGUAAUAUCACGAUUUAAGAAUGAGGUGGAACGAAUGGGUUUUGACAUGGACAAUGCUUGGAGAAUUUCGAAUAUCAAUGAGAAGUUUAGGCUGUGUCCUAGUUACCCACAGGAACUGAUCAUCCCUGCUUGGAUAACAGACAAAGAGUUGGAAAGUGUUGCCAGCUUUCGUUCAUGGAAGCGUAUUCCGGCAGUGGUGUACAGGCACCAGAGUAACGGGGCUGUGAUUGCACGAUGCGGGCAACCUGAAGUCAGUUGGUGGGGCUGGAGAAACGCAGAUGAUGAGCAUCUUGUUCAGUCUGUUGCUAAGGCCUGUGCCACAGACAGUAGUCGAGCCAGCCCAGGCAAAAUGGCCAAUGGCAGCUGUCACCGCAACCACAUUAAUGGUGGAGUUCUGGCCGAUGUAGAUUUUGAAUCCUCCUUGUCAAACAUCCCACCUCCUGAAAGCCCCUCAGUUCAGCCACAAAAACUGCUGAUCCUUGAUGCUAGAUCCUAUGCUGCUGCAGUGGCCAACCGUGCCAAGGGUGGAGGCUGUGAGUGCCCUGAGUAUUAUCCUAACUGUGAGGUUGUGUUCAUGGGAAUGGCCAAUAUUCACUACAUUCGUAAAAGCUUCCAGUCUCUGCGCCUGCUCUGCACACAGACGCCUGACCCAGCCAACUGGCUUUCUGCAUUGGAAGGUACCAAAUGGUUGCAGCACCUCUCUAUGCUGCUUAAAUCAUCCCUUUUGGUAGUGCAUACGCUAGACAAAGAUCAAAGGCCUGUUCUUGUUCACUGCUCUGAUGGCUGGGAUCGUACCCCACAAAUUGUGGCACUCUCCAAACUGCUGCUGGACCCUUAUUAUAGAACUAUAGAGGGUUUCCAAGUCCUGGUGGAGAUGGAGUGGUUGGAUUUUGGGCACAAAUUUGCAGACCGCUGUGGACAUGGAGAGAACUCUGAAGACCUGAAUGAGCGCUGUCCUGUCUUUCUGCAGUGGUUAGACUGCGUGCACCAACUGCAUAGGCAGUUUCCAUGUUCCUUUGAAUUUAACGAAGCUUUUCUGGUUAAGCUGGUGCAGCAUACAUAUUCCUGUUUGUUUGGGACUUUCCUAUGUAACAAUGCCAAGGAGCGAAGUGAGAAGCACAUCCAGGAGCGUACAUGCUCAGUCUGGUCCUUACUGCGUGCAGGGAACCGUGCUUUCAAGAACUUGCUAUACUCGUCUCAGUCUGAAACUGUACUGUAUCCUGUAUGCCAUGUGCGGAAUUUAAUGCUAUGGAGUGCUGUUUAUCUACCAGGCUCCUCCCCAUCCACUCCUAGUGAGGAAUCUUGCACACCCUACCCUGCUUCUGGGUCUGCAACAGAGGAACCACCAGUAUGCAGGCUGUCAAAGACCAGGUCAUAUGAUGAUCUCCCUUCUGCAUGUGACAUGAUGGUGCCCUGCAUGAACAGGAGGAGCAGUGAUCCCAGCCUAAAUGAUAAGUGGCAGGACCAUCGACGUUCACUAGAGCUGAGUUUGGGGAACGAAGGGUAUGAAGGCGAUAGACAACCACUGGGGGCUCAGCUGUCCAUGGCAGCUGGUGUGGGUGAAGGGCAAAUGGAGAACAUACUGCAAGAGGCCAGCAAGGAAGAGGGAGUUAUUGAGGAGCCAGGUGGGAAGCCUGGAAAGGGCCAGGAAGAGUGUUUGAAAAUUGAACAAGCAAAUUCUUUAGAAGUUUCUGUAAAAGGGGAAGAAGUUUUAGAUUUGACCAGAAACGCACCCAAUGUUCAAAGUAAUGAGGGGCUACCAGACAGAGAUCAGGAGUGUGCCAACCCAAAGCCAGGAGGAGAAUGUGAUAAUUUUUCAAAUGGUAAAAUCUGCAAUACUGAGGAUACAGAACUGGAUGAAAGUUCACCUCGGGAAUUUUGUGAUGAGGAAUGUGCAAACCCAGUGCCCGAGAAUCUUACCUUUAAAUCAGAGGUGAAUACAAAACAAAAUGGAUUCGAAUCUGAAGUGGAUGCAAGCCAAAUGCCCGAGAAGCCUUCCUUUAAAUCUGAAGGGGACACAGAACAAAAUGGAAUCGAAUCUGAAGAAGGUGCAAGCCAAGUGCCCGAGAAGCCUUAUUUUAAAUCGGAAGGAGAUACAGAACAAAAUGGAGUAGAAUUUGAAGAAGGUGCAAGUCAAGUGCCCAAGAAUCACAAUGGUGUAAAAAUUGACAAAGAUAUCCAGAACAGUCCUAGUCCUCUUCCAUCAGCCCUUCCUUCUUCACAUGUAGUUUUGGAAGAUUCAACCGAUACCUUAACCGAAGACCCUGUAGUCUCCUGGCCCUGCAAACUGGACCAUGUGACUGCAGCAAAUGAACUGUCACAAAGACCAGAAAAUUCAUCCACUGAGGGCCUCAUUAUGAUGGGUCUACGGGGGUUGCAGCUGCAAAGUGAAAGGACAUGUAUGCCUCCCAUGCUUUCUCAUGGUGCCUUCCACAACUCUGAAUGCAAAGUACAGAUUCAUUGUAACAGGGACCUCCUUUCUUUUCCCUCUCUUGAUGGGUCUUGCCUUAAUGGGGAUAGCCGAAGGGGCAAGCCAGGACUCUCUCGACAGAACUCUAGCACAAACACCCCUCAGCCUCACCUACGUAACACCCCACACAAGUGCCCACUGCAUAGUGGAGGAAGGAAUAGAAUUGGUAGUCCUCCAGAACAGCAAGCUCGCAACCAUCUCGAUGAUGAUGGAAUGCCUCUCUAUGUGGACACCAUACAACAGAGGCUCAGACAGAUGGAGUGUGGCCAUCAGCAGGAGGUGGAAACCUUAAAGAAACAGGUUCGGGAGCUUCGGUGCCAGUUAGAAAACUUCUUUCCCAACAGUCCCUUGCGCUUUAAUGGUGAAUUUGCAGAUGAAGUGAACUCGAUCCAAGAUACUGAAAGCAACAGAGCCCCCGGUUGUUUGUCGGGCUGCAGCACAGAACACUUCUCUGAGGCUAGCUGGGAGCAAGUGGACAAACGGAAUACAGAGUUGACGAGGUGGGUGCCAGAUCAUGUAGCACUCAACUGUUAUAACUGUGACAGCACAUUCUGGCUGGCAAGCAGGAAACAUCAUUGUAGGAACUGUGGGAAUGUUUUCUGCUCCAGCUGUUGUAACCAGAAGGCAGCGGUUCCAAGUCAGCAGCUGUUUGAGCCUAGCCGCGUUUGCAAGUUAUGUUACACCAACCUGCACCCCUCCCGGGAACUGGAAAAUCCUAUUGCAGCAACGUCAAACUAGACAAUCUUCCAUUAAGACAGGGAGCCAAACCUUGAUACCCAGUGGAUUGUCCAGAGGAAUGAGAUGUUGGAGACUAAAAUCAUACUGCUUUCACUGCUAUGUACCUUUCGCCACUCUACACACUUCAUUUUCAAGAUCCUGCUGUUUAUUUGGACUGUGUUUGAAAGGGGACCUUUACAUAUGUGUUUUCCAUACUAGUUGUUUAGCAGCAGUAAUUCAGGUUUUAUAACUCCUUGAAGGACUAAAUAGUGGCUCUGAGGUGAGUGCAUUGCUCUGUUCUCCUCCUGUCACUAGUGAGCCUUUGGUUGGUUGAUGGGAUUUAAGCUCCAUAAUUCUGCACAUCUGAAUAUAUUGUCACACACUCCCACAUCCCUUACUGAAUCAGAUGUGACAACUUCUCUUAGUGGGAGUUAGGCCCUACAACAUUUAAAAGGAUGCUGUUGUGCACAGGAUGUUAUGAACCUAUUGGUGUGCCCAAUGUAAACCUUUUGUGAAUUCCUGAUCCAGUGAAAAGUAUUGGAAAUGUGGGAUAUAAAAUGCCAGUGAAGUCACAUGAGGAUUAACGCCAGGCUGGAUAAGCAAUGCUGAAAUACUAAGUAAGUUCUAGAAAAGCAGAUAGUGUUUUCAAUGCAAUUGUUGCUGGGUGAUGCCGCUUUAAAAGAGCUAGCACUAAAGAAAUGAUUGUCUUUUAAAGCAAGUGAUGUUGUCCUAGACUGGUUAAAGUUGUGUGUUUGCUUCAGAAACACAACUUUAUAUAAAUAAGCUGCUGUGUAGCCAUGGGGACAGCCAUUCAAGCUGA